CAGACCACGACUGAUGGCUGGAUGGAUGGAUGGAUGUUGCAUUGGCUUUUGAUGUUGUUAUUGUUCCGAAUAUCCCCGGUGGCUCUGCUCUGCCCUGCUCUACUCACCCUGCUCUGCCCUGGCCUGCCCUGCCCACGGUCGGUCCCAUCGACUCUCUCCACCAACCACCGUCCCGCUCCACCUCGCUUGACUCCUCCAUCCCUCCCAUCCCUCCCUCCUCUCCUCCCUCCCAUCCCUCUCCUCUCGCGCCCUCCUCCUCUCACUCUCCUCUCUCUCCCUCUGGAUCCCUCCCUCUCCCUCUCCACCCGCCCUGCCCGCCCCAAACCCGCUAAGAGGCCCCCAAUUCAAACCUUCAUUAACCCCAUCCAUCCCCCCCCCCUCCGGCCUCCUCAGAGCUCAAACCCUUCUGAGGCCCGUCAUAUUGCUCGUCUCACUUCCUUCACUCUCUUGUUUCUCUCCCUCCUCUCCCUCUCUCUCUCUCUUCUCCUCUCUCUUCCUCUCUUGUCGGAGUGUCGCAGGCUCGUACCUCGAAAGCUUCAUCAUCCUCCCCUUUACACUCCCGACCCUUCACCCCCCCCUUUUCUAAUAUCCCCCCUUCGCCGUCGAGUCGGCCUUCCCUUCCGCGCGCCCCCCCCCGAGUCGAGUUCUUGCUGGCCUCGAAACUCAACUCAUCUCAACUCUCGUCCUCGAACGACCUUCGUUCCACCUCUCCGCGCCUUUUCUCUCCUCUGAAUCGCUUCCGGGCAGGCUCCCGCACGUUAAAACAAGAGACCCCGUUGUGGUCUGCUUUCUCUGCAUUGCGAGACAGGACGACUCUCGCUUCCAUCUCUCUCGC